ACUUAGCCAAUCACUUUCACUUCGAUUCUCUGCUUAGAAAACACAGAGAAAUUGAGAGAAAAUACACAUUCAAUACUCUUUUUAGGGUUCUUCAUCGACCCAGAUCUUGUUCUUUCCUAUCAAGAAUUCAAAACUUCAACAUGGGUUCUUCUUUUCUCACCUUAAGGACCUAAAAUUUCCAUUCUUUCUCCAGAAAAAUGGGUUCUUUUUGAUCUGGGUUUUCUCUGUUUCCUCUGUUUCUUGCGCUUCUAGUUGGUUCUGGAGAUCCGGGUUUAAUGGAGCAGGAUCAAGAAGAGAAGUAUGUGUGCAAGUUGUGUAAUAAGAGCUUCUUGAGUGGAAGGAUCUUGGGCGGUCAUAUGAGGGGCCAUAUGGUUGUGAAAUCCUCUGAAGAAGGAGGAGUCAAACAGGGGAAGGGCAAUGUGGGUGUUCAAGGCUAUGGCUUGAGGGAAAACCCCAAGAAAUCUUGGAAAAGUUCAAAGCCAGAGUUCGAGUGCAAAGAUUGUGGGAAGGAAUUUGAGUCACCGAAAGCUCUGUUUGGUCACAUGAGGCAUCAUUCCGGAAAAGAAAAAGAAGGAGCUGACUGCAAAGAAUGUGGGAAAGAGUUUCGGAAUUUGAGGGCUCUCAGGACUCACAUGAGGUCACAUUCUGUGAAGGUUGUUGGGGUUUCUCAAGAGUCAGGGUCUGCUUGUUCGAGCCAAAAUCUAGUCUUUGAGAGCUUGCGUGUUAAAAGAAAGAGAUCGAGAACAAUAAGGUACAGGAUUACUCCUAAUUCUUCUUCUGUUUCUGGGUUGAAUGAGUCUAGUUCUGUGAAUCAAACUGAGGAAGAGGAAGCAGAGGAGAUGGCCCUGUGUUUGAUGAUGCUAUCUAGGGGUGUGGUGGGGAACUUUGACGGGUUUAAUUUUGUUGGUAAAUCUGAGAUUAAAUCUUUGCAUCAAAAUGAGCAAAUUCUGGAGAAUGACAGUGGAAAUUCUCCUCCUGCUGGGGAUUAUGAUGAUGAGUCUUUCAUGAUAAAAAAACCCAGAGUGGAGAAAUCAAAUUCUGGGGUUUCAGUUUCCACUGGUGUUUUCUUUAAGAAGAAAAUGAAUGAAUUUGUGGAAUUUGAUGGGAAGGUGGUUGAUACUGAGGUUCAGGAGGAAGAAAGCCCAAAUGAAACAUUUGAAUUUAGGUCCGUUGAAGUGAAAUCAAUUCAGGCUUUUGGACCAAUCAAGCCCAGUUCUUGCAAAUAUUACAAUUCUGAUGGCUUUAAUGAUGCUCAGGAGGAUAACUUGUACAGCUGCAAGACCUGCAACAAGAUUUUCCAUUCCUAUCGUGCACUUGGAGGUCACCAAACAAUCCACAGAUCAAACAAGAGCUCGACUGAGUCGAAGACUGGGGAUUCUGAGGAAAAGAUUCAGGCUUUUAAUAGCAAUUCAACUGAAAUUGGGGCUAGUUCUAAGCUUGUGAAGCUUGAGUCUAUAGAGGAUUCAGUGCAGCAUGCAAUAGGUGGAUCAAGGGAUUCUAAGCUGCACCAAUGUCCACUCUGCUUCAAGGUUUUUGCAUCAGGCCAGGCUUUGGGUGGCCACAAGAGAGCUCACAUGAGAGAGAAGCAGCAUGAAAUAAAGCAGGGAUUCUCUGAUAAUUCUGGUGAAUUGGAUCUUAAUGUCCCUGUUAUGUUUGAUGAAGAGGCUGAUACUGAUGUCCGAUUCAGAUCAUGUUGGGUUGAGAAUGACUGCAAGCAUGAGCCAAUGGUGGGUCUGGUAGCUAACUGAGGGGAGUUCAUGUUUGAAGGUAAAGAAAUUUGAUGGCCUUUUCCUUUUGUGAAUUUUGAUACUAUGAUGGGGAAGUUUUGCCCUUUGCUACAUCAAUGUAGGAAUACAGAAUAGGAGAAACCCUUUUGCUUUUGCUGUCCCUAUUGUCAGAAUCUUUAAUAUUGUUGCAUCAUUCUUUUGUUCCAAAGUAUGAAAGAAAUGAAAGGGGUACAAUUUU